AUGAGCCGCGCGCAGUUGGGCGGCGUGACGACGCUGGACUUCACCAGGAUGCCACCCCCGACCCCCGAGCAGGCCGCGGGGCUCGCAGGCUGCUUGCGGCUGUGCGCCCGCCUGCAGAAGCUGGACCUGCAAGGAUGCCAGAUCGGCGCCGAGGGCGCGCGGGCCCUGGCGGGGGCGCUGCCCUCCCUGCCCGGCCUGCAGGAGCUGCGCCUGGGCGGCAACAGAGGUCCCGCACGAGAUUCGAUCCGGGUCGGUUUGAUUCGGCGAAUCGCAUCGCCGCGAAUGCCGAUUCGAUGCUGGAGGCCCCCUGCCACGAUCCGGUUCGCGAUUCGAUUCGGUUGCCGAGCGAUUCGAUUGCGAUCCGGUGCAAAGCGGGCGACGAUCCGGUUCGCGAUUCGAUUUGGAUCCGGCUGA